AGUUGCAUUCUCUUCUAGUUGGCAUAUCAAAAAGAAAAUCAUGGGUUUUGGGAAGGAUGAUCUUGAUUUGGUGUUGGUCCCAAGUGGAUUGCUGAUCAUGUUUGUCUACCACGUCAAUCUUCUCUACAGAUAUCUUCAUCUCCCUCACACCACAGUCAUUGGUUUUGAAAACAAUGACAAAAAAGCUUGGGUUGAAAGAGUUAUGCAGGCUGAAAGAAGAGAUAUUGGAAUAGUACUUAAUGUGAUUUCAUCAAACACAUCAGCAGCAACAUUUUUGUGUUCCAUUUCGCUGACUCUAAGUUCCCUUAUUGGAGCUUGGCUUGGAAGCAACACAAAUGAGGUCUUCCAGAGUGAAUUAAUCUACGGCAAUACAAAUCCAUCAACGAUGACCAUCAAGUACAUAAGCCUCUUAACUUGCUUCCUUCUCGCGUUCGCUUGCUUUGUUCAAUCAGCAAGGCACUUUGUUCAUGCCAACUACCUAAUAAGUACACCAGACAGCAACAUUCCAGCCUGGUAUGUUGAGAUGGCAGUUAUAAGAGGAGGUGAUUUUUGGUCACUUGGGCUAAGAGCUUUGUAUUUUGCUCUCACUUUGCUUCUAUGGUUUUUUGGUCCAAUUCCAAUGUUUGUGUCCUCCAUUGUUCUGGUGAUGGUCCUCCAUUAUCUUGACACAAACACCAGGCCAUUGUUUCAGCAUCAGUUUAAAGGAAAGGAAAUAGUGAAGAGGGUGGAGGAGAGAUUUUCAGAGGUUGUGACUGUAGAGCAUCAUCACAGAGAAAAGGCUGAAACUUUGGUGUAAUUUUAAAUUUGUUAAAGAAAACCCAAUUUUUGUUUGUAAAUGCAAAGUUCCAUAUGCUUGUUUCUUUGGAGUUGGUGGGGAGUAGGUAAUACCUGUAUCUUGCCAAAGGAAGAUAAACUAAAGAUGUAAUAUGAGAUUUGGAAGCCAAAACUUAGAAG